AUGAACCAGGUCAUCUGCAUGUCACUGUUGAUGCUCCUUUGGGCAGGGCAGGGUUGGACAGAAACAAGGACCAUCGGAGCAGAAGAAUGCAUCCCCAACUCGCAGCCCUGGCAGGCUGGGCUCUUUUUCCUCACUCGUCUCUUCUGUGGGGCCACUCUGCUCAGUGACCGAUGGCUACUCACUGCCGCCCACUGCCGCAAACCGUACCUGUGGGUCCGGCUUGGAGAGCAUCAUUUGUGGGAAUGGGAAGGUCCGGAGCAGCUGUUCCGUGUCACUGAUUUCUUCCCCCACCCAGGCUUCAACAGUGAUCUAAGAGCCCACGAUCACAACAAUGACCUUAUGCUGAUCCGGCUGAAGAGACCAGCCAUGUUGGGUUCAGCUGUGCAGCCCCUCAACAUCAGUGAGACGUGUGUCAAACCUGGCACCCCCUGUCUCAUCUCCGGCUGGGGAGCCAUCUCUAGUCCUGAUGUGGAAUACCCGCUUACGCUUCAGUGUGCGAACAUCAGCGUUCUGGAGCCCCGCCUCUGCCAUAGAGCCUACCCUGGCCGAAUAUCUAACAACAUGAUUUGUGCUGGCAUCUGGGAGGGAGGCCGAGGCUCCUGCCAGGGAGACUCCGGAGGCCCGCUGGUCUGUAACGGUGCCCUGGCGGGCGUGGUGUCGGGGGGAGCCGAACCCUGUUCCAAACCCAAGAGACCUACAGUCUACACCAGCGUCUGCCGCUACAGAGACUGGAUCUACAAGACCAUGAAGGAGAACUCCACAUGA